GUCAGAGCGGAGCAGGAAACAACUGGGCAAAGGGCCAUUAUACGGAAGGUGCUGAAUUAGUUGAUUCUGUGUUAGAUGUUGUAAGAAAGGAGGCAGAAAGCUGUGAUUGUCUCCAGGGCUUUCAGCUCACUCACUCUCUCGGGGGUGGCACAGGCUCUGGCAUGGGUACCCUCCUCAUCAGCAAAAUCCGUGAAGAGUACCCAGACCGAAUUAUGAAUACUUUUAGCGUUGUCCCUUCCCCUAAAGUGUCAGACACUGUCGUAGAGCCCUACAAUGCCACCCUGUCGGUGCACCAGCUCGUGGAGAACACGGAUGAAACUUACUGCAUCGAUAACGAAGCCCUCUACGACAUAUGCUUCCGAACGCUGAAGUUAACCACCCCCACCUACGGGGAUCUGAACCACUUAGUGUCGGCCACCAUGAGCGGGGUCACCACCUGCCUGCGGUUCCCGGGGCAGGUCCCCGCCCACCUCCGCAUGGUGCCCUUUCCCCGCCUGCACUUUUUCAUGCCGGGCUUCGCCCCGCUGACGAGCCGCGGCAGCCAGCAGUACCGCGCGCUCACCGUGCCCGAGCUCACCCAGCAGAUGUUCGAUGCCAAGAACAUGAUGGCCGCCUGCGACCCCCGCCACGGCCGCUACCUGACGGUGGCCGCCGUUUUCAGGGGCCGUAUGUCGAUGAAGGAGGUGGACGAGCAAAUGCUUAACGUGCAGAACAAAAACAGCAGCUAUUUCGUUGAGUGGAUCCCUAAUAACGUUAAAACGGCUGUCUGUGACAUUCCACCUCGCGGCCUCAAAAUGUCGGCCACCUUCAUCGGGAACAGCACGGCCAUCCAGGAGCUGUUCAAACGCAUUUCUGAGCAGUUCACGGCCAUGUUCCGCCGAAAGGCUUUCCUGCACUGGUACACGGGCGAGGGCAUGGACGAGAUGGAGUUCACAGAGGCUGAGAGCAACAUGAACGACCUGGUGUCUGAGUAUCAGCAGUACCAGGAUGCUACAGCCGAGGAGGAGGGGGAGUUUGAGGAGGAGGCUGAGGAGGAGGCAGAGUAAGAGCUAUGCAGAUUGAACACCUGUAAAUUUUGUUUAAAGCUGUAUGAACUCCUUCAUUCAAACCUUCCCUGUCUUGUGUUGUGUUCUUCUUCCUGUUUCAAAGUCACUUCAGAUGCUGUACAGGCACCAUUAAAGCAUUUUUCACAGUGCAAAA